UUUUUCUUUUCUUCUUCUCUUCCCCUCUCUGUCUCUAGCUGUUCACGACGUUAACCUCCCACUAUUUAUUCUUAAUUAAUUUAUUUUCAUUAUUGUUAAUCCUCAAUUAACCACUCUGUUAACACCCCCAAUCCCACACUUAACUCUCAACUCAAGCAACAAGAAAGAAUCACGAUUCUCGAAUCGAAUCGUUCAACGCUGCACAAAUUCUAGGGUUUCUGAAUCGUUCACAGAUCGAACGAACUUCAUCAACAAUGUCCGGCCCCCUCGAUUUCUUCGCCAGACCUUGUUUUGAGGGGUUUUCCGGCAGUGAUGAGAAGAGAGAAAGGAGAUCUGAUUUCGAGAACUCUGAGGAUGAAAGGAGGACGAGAAUCGGAUCGCUCAAGAAGAAAGCGCUCAGUGCGUCUACCAAAUUCAAGCAUUCUCUUAGGAAGAAGAGUAGCCGGAGGAAAAGUGACGGCCGCGUCAGCUCCGUUUCCAUCGAGGAUGUCAGGGAUGUUGAGGAGCUUCAGGCUGUUGAUGCGUUUCGCCAGUCCUUGAUCAUGGACGAGUUGCUUCCACAGGCAUUUGAUGAUUACCAUAUGAUGUUGAGAUUUUUGAAAGCAAGGAAGUUUGAUAUUGAAAAAGCAAAGCAUAUGUGGGCUGAAAUGCUACAAUGGAGGAAAGAAUUUGGUGCUGACACCAUUAUGCAGGAUUUUGAGUUCCAGGAGUUAGAUGAAGUUGUGAGGUACUACCCACACGGCCAUCAUGGCGUUGAUAAGGAGGGAAGACCUGUUUAUAUUGAGAGACUUGGAAAAGUUGAUCCCAACAAGCUUAUGCAAGUUACAACUAUGGAUAGAUAUGUGAGGUACCAUGUGCAAGAGUUUGAAAAGUCUUUUGCGAUAAAGUUUCCUGCUUGCACUAUUGCUGCCAAGAGGCACAUAGAUUCAAGUACCACGAUCUUAGAUGUCCAAGGAGUGGGCCUUAAGAACUUCACAAAGUCCGCCCGGGAACUCAUUACGCGAUUGCAGAAGGUUGAUGGUGACAAUUACCCUGAGACACUCUGCCAAAUGUUUAUUAUCAAUGCUGGCCCUGGAUUCAGGCUGUUGUGGAACACUGUCAAGUCUUUUCUUGAUCCCAAAACAACUUCAAAGAUUCAUGUUCUUGGAAACAAGUAUCAUAGCAAAUUGCUUGAAGUAAUUGAUGCCAGUGAGUUGCCCGAGUUUCUGGGAGGUGCCUGCACUUGUGAAGAUCAGGGAGGCUGCCUUAGAUCUGAUAAAGGGCCCUGGAAAAAUCCCGAAAUAUUGAAGUUUCUGCAGAUGGUUCUCAAUGGUGAGCCUCGGCGGGCAAGGCAAGUAGUAAAAGUUCUGAACAGUGAAGGGAAGGUUAUUGCGUAUGCGAAGCCACGAUACCCAACGGUCAAAGGCAGCGAUACAUCCACUGCUGAAUCGGGAUCAGAAGCUGAAGACAUAGCUUCUCCAAAAGCGAUGAAGAACUAUUCACAUCUUAGGCUGACCCCUGUUCGUGAGGAAGCUAAGAUAGUUGGAAAGUCAAGUUAUACCAAUAACUUUUCUGGGUAUGAUGAAUACGUUCCAAUGGUAGACAAACCUGUGGAUGCUGUCUUGAAGAAGCAAGCAUCUUUGCAGAGGUCUUAUACUUCACAAGGGGCACCUUCUCGUCCUGCCACACAGAGAACUCCAGAAGGGAUUCAAGCUCGGAUUUUGGUUGCAAUAACUGCCUUCUUGUUGACCAUAUUUACUAUUUUCCGUCAAGUUGCGUGCCGGGUGACCAAGAAACUUCCUGCAAUAUCAUCUAAUCAUGAUCAGAGUACUUCAGAACCAACUUUUGAUACAACUGUUGUGGAGGUUAUUCCUUCUUCAUCAACUCCAGCACAUACAGAGGAAAAUCUCCUUCCCUCCAUGCUGAAAAGGUUAGGAGAGCUUGAGGAGAAGGUUGACACACUCCAAUCUAAGCCGUCUGAGAUGCCUUACGAGAAAGAGGAAUUGUUGAAUGCUGCUGUAUGCCGGGUGGAUGCUUUGGAAGCUGAGUUAAUUGCUACUAAAAAGGCUCUCUAUGAGGCUCUAAUGAGGCAAGAAGAGCUUCUUGCUUACAUUGAUAGGCAAGCAGAAGCCAAGUUACGGAAAAAGAGGUUUUGCUGGUGAGAAUUAUAGAUGGUAGAAGCGGCUUCACAGAGGAAGAGGAUUCUCAAGAAGGAAGCUUCCCCGGCUGUUCUGAAGGAGUGUGUUCUUAUGGAGGGUUGUUGACCUUGCACAUGAUGUGACUCUGACCCACUCAUUUUCAUUGUACUAUCAGUAAACGGUGUGUUGUUUCAAAUGUGUGUAUAAUAUCAAGAAUGACAUCUUUUCUAUCUUGUCAAACACGAGCUUUGUCGCUUUUGUUGCGGCAGCCUGUUUAUCCUUUAGUUUUGUUUGCUUUUGUUGUAUGAAAAGCUUUAUUUCUUCUCA